UCAAAAUACCCAAUCAACCAAGACACUGGAACCAUCUCUUUAACAUCCACUUCCGAUUUAUUGAGGACCGAUGAACUGAAAAGAUAUCGCAAGUAUUGGUGGAAAACUGGUAAAUUGCACUCGAAGGCCAGGUGGGAAGAAACAAUGUAA